AUGGGUACGAGAAGAAAGUCGAUUCUUCGCUACGGAUUUCACAGAACAUCUGAAUGUUUAGAUUUCGAGAAAUCGUAUAUUUGUAUACAGAAAUGCUUAGAUUUGAAAUACGACGUGGCCUAUGCAGAUAAAAAUUGUUAUUGUACAUGCUAUGUUAAGAAAGAUAAGGCAAAGUAUCGUCCCAGUCAAGCUGGAACCCAGCAAAGGUGGAAACUAGGAGCACCCACAACUAAACUACCGAUAUGGGCACAGAAAGAGACGAAGAAACCCAAAGAUGAUAAGAAGGAUUUGGAAGACGAAAAUUUCGAAUUAGACGAUUUUGCAAAUACUACAGAAUCAACAUUUAAAGAUCGCUCUGUUGCUGAUCACAAAGUCGUGAAUACAACAAAACCUAGCUUGGAUAAUGUAGAACUCGUUGGCAAUACUACAGCAAACACUGAUUCUUCCAAUACUUCUGUUGUUACUGAAACUACUAUAGAAGUAGAAAACACAACUACGACUGUUUAA